AUGCGAGAUACAAUAUCAGUAACAUCUUCAACACAAAAUAAAAUAAAUAAACGACGUCAAAAAUCUAAAAAAGCUUCACAAUCACGAAUAAAUAAAUUAAAAUUAUCAUCCAUUGGUGGUAGUAGUGAUAGUGAUGGUGUUGAUCAUCGA